AUGAAGUUCCUCUACCUCUUCUCCCUUGUGGCCGUUGCCACCGCUGCCCCAGCUACUCUGCAGGCCAGAGGUGCCACGACCUGUGGCAGCACCUACUACUCUUCCAGCCAAGUGACCGCUGCUAGCAAUGCUGCUUGCGGCUACGUCCAAAAUGGCGGCACCGCCGGCGGCUCUACCUACCCCCACGUCUACCACAACUACGAGGGUUUCUACUUCCAGGGCCUCAGCGGUCCCUUUUAUGAAUUCCCCCUCCGCACUUCUGGCGUCUACACUGGAGGCUCCCCCGGCGCCGACCGUGUCAUCAUCACCGGAAGCUGUCAGCAGGCUGGUCAAAUCACUCACACUGGCGCUAGCGGCAGCGGCUUCGUUGCCUGCUCCGGCACCAGCUAG